UAUCUCUCUUCUUCUUCCUCUACAAUCUCUCUCUACAACAAAAUCAGCGACAGCUCAAACGUUGAUAUUUUUCUCCGGCUUUUCUAGGGUUUAAAUUUUCUUUCCGAUCAGAGAUUAAUGGCGACUCUAGACUCCGACGUUACCAUGAUUCCUGCCGGAGAAGCCUCCAGCAGCGUAGCCGCGUCGUCUUCCAACAAGAAAGCUAAGCGAUUCGAAAUUAAGAAGUGGAGCGCCGUUGCUCUCUGGGCUUGGGAUAUCGUUGUUGACAACUGUGCGAUCUGCAGAAACCACAUCAUGGAUCUUUGUAUCGAGUGUCAGGCUAAUCAGGCCAGUGCCACAAGUGAAGAGUGCACUGUAGCUUGGGGGGUUUGCAAUCACGCCUUCCACUUUCACUGCAUCAGCAGAUGGCUAAAGACUCGUCAAGUUUGUCCAUUGGAUAACAGUGAGUGGGAGUUUCAGAAAUAUGGUCACUAAAUCAACAAAUGGUUCCAGCAAGCAUGUGUCUAAUCGUGAAGACAUCAGGUUCAUUUGGUUACCACCGCAUAUGAUAACUAAAGAUUGUUCAAGUUUUUGCCCUUUUUUUGGUACUGUAUUUUACAAUUUGUGGAAACAGAGAUUUACUGUUCAGUGUUCACUAAACCUAUUAUGGUUGUGCUUUGGGUGACGUCUUUGAUUUCAAAAUUAAAAAGUAAAAAUCCUGCAAAGAGUUUUUUACUCGUAAAAAAACAUAGGAGCUGGGUACCAAACGCUCUUUUGAUCCUCAAUUGUGUUUUCCUUCAAUUUAGUAGUUCCAAAUACUAAAGUGA